CAAGAAGGGAAUAAAGUACUCAUUUCUCACUAAUACAUCUUGUUUAUUCAUGACAAUCUCGCAUCCGAAAGAGUUCAGAACUUGGGCCAUCAUCAGGAUGAUGUAGUUCAGUUUCCUGAUUGAGUUCCCUACUUCAACUUCGGCAGCAUCUUCUCUUGAACAUAUCAUUCCACAGAUUUGGAUAGGAAUUAGGAUGGGCCUGCCAAUAACUUAGAAAGCCUAAGAUUCUUUAUCAACGGUCACGACUGUAAGACCCAUUCCAUUAUUACACAACAGUUACACUUCUGCCAGUGCCAUAAUCAGAACUAAGCUAUAUUUCAACAUGGAAUGCUUCAAACAAUUCGUCAAGUUAUUGGCCUGUGGAAUUCUCAUUCUACAGUGUUUUCGAUGUUCCCUUGCUGCUGAAAUAGGUUUAACGUCAUCCAUACUUUGUCCGCAGAACUCCCAGGGCACUCAAACAGCAUAUCGACCACAAUCUUGUACUCUGACAAUUGAUGUGACUGGUACUAGUGCAGACAAUGUAACAAAAUUACCCCUGGAAGUAAAAAUAGAAAUACCUAUGGAGUCGAGCCCCAGGCAGUCCUGCAAAACCUUAUACAAUGGCACAUCUGUUUCAUGUGGUCCUAACGUGACGUACAGAUAUGUGAAAGCCAUUGUAAAUACCAGCAACAUCGACGAUGUUAAAAUAAUUGGAACUGGAAGCAUCGGCACUUACAGUAGUCCAUUUAAUGGGACUGAACCUUUUAACUUAACUAGCCUAGCUAGUAACUCGCCAACACUUUCGCCAUACGGACUCUUGUUCAACUUCACAAGCUUCAACGGUGGACUGGACACAGUGAAACUUGAAGUGAAAUUCACAUUUCCAAUUGCUCGCCCAACUGUUGGCGAAACGAUCGUAUUUAAAAUUCUGGCCACAUAUAACACAACUCCCCCUCUUGAUUCGUCUUCUUCGUUACUAUUAAUCGGGACUGCGCUUAAGUUCAAUUCAUUUAAAUGGAAUACAACAUCUGCUCUUGAGGCUGGAAAUUAUGUCAAAGUGACUGCAGUUGUUGGACAUGAUAAUGGAUCAACUGUUGAUGCUAAAGCUGCUCAGGUGACUUUAACAAGCCUACCAACUGGAUAUGAUUGCACUCAGUCAGAUGUUACCCUUCCCAAUGGUACCAAGACGGCUAUACUGGUAACGUCUCUGCUCUCCGGCUUUACAAUCGGUAAUGUUGUCCAAGCUCCUCCACAGAACUUCACCAUCGAGAUGUAUUGUCAUCUUACAGUUGCUGUACUGAUUCAAGAGAUUGCCACAAUUGGCAUAACUGUGUCAUAUACUGGUGAAAAAUAUCCAAACAAGCCACAUUCUCUUUAUGGAAGUAUAUCAAAAGCGACAAAGUCCAUAGAAAUUACGGCCAAUACUUGUAAUUUCCCGACUACAUUCCACGUGAAUGAAGAGGUGAAAUGUCAGACAGUGUUUAUGAUGCCAUUGGGGACGAUGAAGUUUCAGGGCCAUUGCAUUGAGGCAACGGUCGGGCCAAGCAAUGAGUCUCCAGUCGAAGGGAAAGCUAGCACAAUAACCCCAAAUGCUGUCAUCCAAUACAACCCUAAUGUAGGAGGUGGAUUCACGACUGGAAACAGCAGACGGAAACGUGCGGUCAGUCCAACUUACACGUUUUACAUCAGGCGGGAUAUAGGCAUAUUGACCAACCCAAUUAUCGGAGGAGUUUCUGGGGCGACUGUUACAUUGAAGACGACCUUUGCAGCAACAAGGCCCAGUGGUGCAGUGUCCGGUACACUCUAUCCAUUCUUGCAAGUGAAUAGCAACAAGGCAUAUCUCAAUAUGUUUGGUAUCACCAUCACGCGUCCGAACCUGCAAGUUACUAAGAGUGUGUCGCUUGCGGAUGCCACAACAAAUCCGCAGCGUGUCAAGUUUGAAGUAGAUGUCAAUCAUGUGUCGUCAUCAACAGCAUCUGCAUCAAAUGUCGUUAUCAGCGACGAUGUAAGGAACUUUGAUACGUACACGUCGAGUGGAAUUACUCCGAAUGUGGGGACUCCUGGCUUCACCAUACUGGCGAACACCAUUCAAUAUACAAAAGGAAGCUUAGGCUUGGGCCAGUCUUUGGCGAUGAAGUAUGUUGCCGGGCCUAAAGGGACAGGGGAGACCUAUCUGCCAGUGGGUGACACAACUAAACAAGUCUUACUCAGUUAUGAGAUGCAGUACAUGGAUACUGCAGGCAAUCCGCAAACAGUCAAAUUUGUUGAUUCUGCCAGUGUUUGUCUGACUAGGAAUGGAACAAUAGUAACUUCAACGGCCAACCUGUACGGCUUUGCCAUUCUGACUGCAUUCUUUGGCCUUUUGGCGGGAGCACUGAUAGCGCUAGUCAUCUGGGUCCUGGUCAUCUGUGUGUGUAAGAAGGGGAUCAAGUCCGAAGUACAGCCGGCAUCAGAAGCAGAGAUGAAGGAUCUCAAGUCGAAGAUGAGGACAGUGAUGACGGAUCAUAAAGAGGCCAUGAGGAAGACUGGCAACCUCAUCAAAGAUUACAGCUUGAUUGGAGUGGAUGAAAGCAUUGUAUUCAUCUUGACGAUGAAGGAUAAGCUAGGAAUUCACCGUGAACUUGACAACUUGGACAUUCUGUCCACCAUCCAUGUUGAUCAGAACCUUGACAAUGAGCGUAAUAACGCCUCUGUCGAAGCGUCGACGUUGACUGUGCGGAGUCUGUGUCAGAAUGGUGAUGUUGCGCCAGAAGUUGAAGCGAAGUCACUCGGCUUGUUCAUGAAGAACCUUGGAGAUUUGGAUAAGAAGUUGGAGGGCGAUUACAGGAAGGAAUUGAAGGAGAUUCUUAAGAGAUUAGCCAAUAAGAAUAAGGCCAAACUUGCUGAGUUGCUUGGCCUCCAGAGCCAGGAGAGGCAGAAGACCCAGGAGAGCAUCAGGGACCUUCCCGAGGAGAAUCAGAAGGAGUUGAUGGAAUUGCUCCACCAGAAACACCAGACGGAACAGAAUGAACUUGCCUAUCGUCUCAAGCUUGAACAGGAUGAGGAGACAGAGAAUCUCAGAAAGGAAUUUGCCAUCAGACGUCGGAUGGGCAUCAAAGAUGGACAGCAACAUUUCCUGGAUGACAUUGCCCGUAACGGUGACCUCCAGCCCGAGCAGAUUGAUUGGCUGAUGAAGGAACAUGCGAAGAACCAGGCUAAGCUGGAGAUGCUCUACGAUGAGGAGAUUUCGCGGCAGCGCAUGGUCCUCGAGGAGAAACUGGCAAGGAGGAAGCAACUGGCCACUGAAACAGAAAUGCAAGAGGAGGAGCAUAGCGCUCUUCUGAACACGAUGGCCGGACAACAACUCGGAAUCAUCAAAAACAUGAAAAAGGAAGGUGUGAUCACGAAGGCUGAGAUGGAGGAGAUGAUAAGGAAACUGAAGGAAGACAUGCUGAAACUGAAGCAGAAGUUGGAAGAAGACCGGAAGAAGCAAGAAGAGAAAUUACACAAGGAGCUCAGCGCCAGGAAGAAAGCAAAGAUGGAGGCUAAGCAAAAGGAGAUUGAUUCACAGGUGGCCAACCUUGAAGCCAAGCACCACAAAGCUGCCCAAGCUGGUGACAAACCUGUCGAUCCAAUGACCUUGUUCGAGAGCCGCAUGACCAUGCUGUCACUUCAUCGUGGGGAACUGAAUGAUUUGGAGAACGCCAUUGAUAGAGAACAUGCCACAGAGCUUAAGAAGUUACGAGAAGGUUUCACGGAUGCAACGAAAGAUGAACUGGCUGCUAAUAAGGAGAAAUUGGUGGAGAAAUUGAGAGAGGAAGGAAUGACUGAUGCCCAAUUGAACAAGUUACUUCGACAACAUGAGAAGGAACUCCAGCAGCUUACGGCUGCUCAAGAAGAGGAGAGGUCCAUACAGCAUGACAGCUUCAAGCGGCGAUUGGCCAAGAACCGUAAGAAUUGGGACAAGAGAAAGUUGGAAGAAAAACAGGAGCAAGAACAGCUCAGGGCUCAUGAGGGCAAUGUUGUGAGGAACAUAAUCGAUAACCAGAUGUCCAUGUCGGACGCCGAGCGCGAGAGAAUCUUGAAGGAACAUGAGAAACAGAUGGUAAAACUGGAGAACAGUCUCACCCUGAAUAAACUGCGGCAGAAACGGAUGCUCGAGGACAAACUUGCCAAAAAACGUACCGCCCAGAUGGAACGCCUUGAGAAGAAACAAAUGAGUGAAUCAAAGGGAGGGGGCGGUACAAAAAUGAAACGUCGCCAAGGUGAAGAAGAGACUGAGGAUGAAGAUGAACUCGAAGACAAGAAACAACGUGAGCAGAUCAACAUGAUGAAGAAACACGCGGAGCAGAAGAUUGCUAUCCUGCAUGGAGAUAAACUCAAACUGGAGGACGAGUUGGAGGAGAUUCGUACCGAGAUGAUGCAGGAGCGAGCCUUGGCGUUGAAGGAACAAGAAGAGAGACUGGCGGCCAUGCUGGCAUCUCUUCAACUCGAGAAAGCCAAGGAGAUGGCACAGAUUGAAGAACAGCAGAAAGCCAUCAACAGCCUGAAGUCGAAUCUGAUGGAUGACCUUACAGACAAAGGGGUCCUUUCCAGUCCAGAAUGCCAGAAAGUCAUCGAGAUUCACCAAAAGGAGAAAGAAAAGUUGAACAAGAAAUUGGAUGCUCAGAAACAAAAACAGGAAAAGGUCCUGCGACAGCGUCUGGCUGAGCGUAUGGAGCAGAAGGAACAAGCCUUGAAAGAUAUCCAUGAGAAGGAACUCAAGGAGGUAAUUGGCGGUACGAAGAGUAAGGCUGCAUCGAAGAUCAAGCGGGUCUCUAUCAUGCAUAAGCAUAUGUUGGAGAUGGAGAAAUUCAAGAAUCGCAUGGACAAAGAGAUGAACCAGACUCUCGAAGACGUCCGACGCCAACACGAAAUAAGGAAGGCCGAAGCAGUCAAUUCCCAGGAAUUGGGGUUCAUCGCUGGCCUGGUUAGGUUGGGCUGCUUUCAAAAGGAGGAGCUGCUGGAUGUUCUGCGUAUGCUGUUCCCGCUACGACAGGAGGCGGAGAUAGCCGAGAUCUUCACACAGAUUUAUGACGAGAGCGUUCAGAUGCAACCAAGCAAGGGAGGACAUUCCCUGGCAGAGAGGAUAAGGGUGGCAACGUCUGCCACCUUUGAUGAGAGUCUACCAGCUUUGGGCAGGAGACGGAAAGUUAAAAAGACCAGCUCUGGAAUCAGCCUAAGGGAUCAACUACUUGGAAAACCACUUGGAAAUCGGGGGUCAGCUUUGGGCGGAUUUGAUGAAAAACCACGUCUCAGCCAUAGGCCAUCAAAAGGCUUCAUAUCGGAUGCUCUAGCGGAGCAGGAUAAAAAGCCACGUUUCAGUCGGGGUGGAUCUAUAGCAGAAAUGCAUCGGCCGAGCUUGAUGGAAUCUAAACCGCAUUUCAGCCGUGACACUCUUUCAAACCGACCAAAAUAUAGCAUCGCAGAAUCUGUCAUUGAUCGAGAAAUGGACUCGCUUGCUCUUGACUCGAAUGAGAGGCCAGAGCCAAUUGGUCAUAAUUCACCCGAACAUUAUGAGCGCUACAAUACAGAUAAAGAGGCCUUGUUGGGUUCGCAACAAUCUGGUCGUGGCCUCCCACCACUUCGAGCUUCACCGAGAAUGAGGAACAAUGAAUUCAUGUGAAAAAUAUUUAAGAUGCACUCUCAUAGCCCAAUAUAACAAAGAAAGAGGUUACGUUUUGUGAAUGUAAAUUUAGCAUUGUUGACAUAUUUUCGAAUGUAGGCAGGAGAUCAGUUAUGUAUCUUUUUGCAUUUUAUAGAAUAUUCCGUCCAAUUUCAACAGAGGUCCUACACUUUGAAUUGGUACAAGGAAUUGUAACCUAUCCAAGAAUUAAGAGUCUAUACUAAUUCAUGGUUGUUUUCAUUGAAAUUAUACUGCUGAUUCUACAGAAACCAUGACUAUUUUCAUAUUUUUUAUUUUCAAGUUAUUAGAUUUUCAAAAAUUUACAAUUUAAAAAAAACCCAUGGUAACGAGGUGGUCUUCUAAGUUCGUUAGAUUUGCUGGCUUCUUUUUUUUGUGACAUGCUGUAAUAAUUGAUGGGGAUCUGUACAUCCAAUGUUUUACACCUUCAAAUCUGACUUUAGUGGAGGCAGUUGCUGACAUAGCAGUAUAUGUAUUUUAUCCUAAAGUGUCUUUUGGAAAAGUCCCAGUUCAUUUUGCAUUAAUAUAUCUUUGAAUUUCACCCUUGAGAAAGUCAGGUUUGAAGAGGAAAUUUUUAAUUUAAUGUUGUAAAUCUUUCACGGCUGUUUAUUUUUCAAUUUUGUGCUUGAGGAUUUUAAGCACUCGCCGUCCAGAAUCAAUGUGAUCCCAUUAAUUUAACUUUACUUUGAAAUCCGUCCACACCAGUUUAUUUUUAUUUUCCGUCAUCUUGAGGCUUGGAAAUAUUUCUACUAUUUAAGUUUCAUGGAAUUGAAAAGUCUGGCAAAAUACUUUUGUUGUUUAUUUUCAACUGGAAAUAAAAUUAAUCCCGUCAAGUUUGCAACAAGUUAUGUUGCAAUAUAUAUUUUAUCUUAGAAUAUACUGUAUAGAUGCUAUUUAGCCAGUUUCAGUGCGUCUGUUUCACAUAGGCCUAUUGCACAUCAUAUAAGCCUCUUGUACAGGUGUCCCGAAACUGGCUAAAAAGCAUCCGCACAGGAUCUUAGGCCUAUCCUAUUUAUCAUUUUGUAGUUUAUGUUAUAAUGCAAUAAUGUUAAUGAUUUGUAUGUUUCUACAAAUAGUUAUAGUUAUUACUGCUGUAAAUAUAUGAUGGUACUCAAUAAAGUGUUA